AUUAACAUCUACAAAUGACAGUUCCAACUACAUCAACAGGAGUAUCAGUUCAAGAUUAUUAGAACGCCGAAAGCAUUUGCUAUCAAGACAUUUAUUCGCAGUCCUAAACUUAUCCUUGGUUUGUUCCCGUGUGCCAUGAUCUUCUCAAGAACGACAUCUGACUAAAUCAUAAUGUCAAGCGUGAAGAUCGACGACCACAGUUCGAAAUCUCCUUCCUUACCCGCGUCUCCUGACAGUCGGGAUCCUUCAGAACACCAACCAACUGUCGUAUCCUCAAGCAAAGUUCCACCCAUGGGUCUGAUGUCAGAAGAAGCUAAACCAAGACUAUCAGCUUUUACUCCUGUAUCAGCAGGGCAUCAAAUACCAGGUCUGCCUGGUUUGACACCAUCUCUUGUCGGACUAUCCGAAUAUCUGAACUCUAGAAUGCUACCAUUCGCCAAAUUUGCCGACUUGGCCGCUAAAAGCCAAGCAGAAAGUUCUACCCUACUAGCCAGUAGAUCAUCCGUAGUCAGCGGUUCAAGCACUGAUGGGGCGUCUGCAACUCCCGACAGUUUCCCACCUGUUUUCCGUCCCAUGUUCCCACCUGGGGGACUCUUUCCAGGAGCAGACACGGCACUUAUUUACAGAGGACUUGGAGAAUUCCCUCUAGCUCCCACUGGUCUUCCUGCAUUUUUCCACCGUCGCAGGCGCAAGGAUGGACGUCAGCGUCGUCAGCGAACCACUUUUACAAGCGAGCAAACUCUUCGACUGGAGAUGGAAUACCACAGGAACGAAUACAUCAGCCGGCCGCGCAGGUUCGAAUUGGCAGAAUCUUUGGAUCUCACUGAAACCCAGAUCAAAAUCUGGUUUCAAAAUCGACGGGCGAAAGAUAAAAGGAUAGAAAAAGCUCAAAUGGAUCAACAAUUUCGAUGCAUGGCAUUAGCAAACUCACUAGGAUCACUGUAUGCUCCUCCAACUUCAAGUGCUGGUGUGUGUCCUUCAUUUUGUGGUACCUGUUACUAUAAACCGGGUACAUCACCGCUUUUGAGUUCCACAUCUGCUACUCCUACAUCAAUGUUGACCUCCAGGUUUUAGAAAUUGAAAUCAAUAUCAACAUUCAUUUGGAUUACCAAACAUUGAAAGAUAGAAGACGUGUAAAUUACAAAUAAUCGAAAUUUUCCCGGUGACAAUUCCGUGUAUAAAACCAAAAUCAUUAACAAAUGCUAUGCUCAUACAAUUAUUCAUGGUUUUGCCGUUGUGAAGAUGCUAUGAUGAUAUACUUGAUAAUAUACUUCAUUUUUAAGGAGUAUAUGCAAGGGAAAAAACAUUGCUCCCCAUUUUUUUAAUGUUGAUUUAACUAUAAAAAUGAUUCUAUCAAAAAGAAAUUGGACUUUAUGUUAUUAAA